AUGAAUUCACUGGGUACCAUCAAGUCAGCCCUGUCAGACUCUCUCAUUUCCAAUUCAGCACUCAAAGAGGCGUUCGACAUUGCCAGCUUUGUCACCGAUCGCACCAGUCGAUUCAAGGAUGUUGCCUUUAAUUCGGACCAGAAGCAUAAACUCCGACGUAUUCUAAACCACUUCCUUACCCCAAGUAUUACGCCAAAAUUUGUGGAUGAUGAGGAUAUCACAUCUCACGAUGAUGGCGAUGUCCCAGACGACUGGCUGGCCAAGGCCGAGGACGAUGUCAAGAUGCCUUUUCGCAUGAUUGAUGUUGACACGAUGAACAUGGUUCCUACAUACAGCCUUGGCUUGCAAGAUCAGUACUGUAUUGUGUCACAUAGCUGGAAAGGCUCUGAAAUCACGUACGGAUACUUUGGUGAAGCCAAAACAUUUGAGCCCAAGGAAGACUACGUGCAAGAUGACUCAAGUCUCCCUUCAAGCGAUGUAAGCAAUGUUGUCAGCAAAUGCAAAUCCGAUAUCGCGGAGCUGGAGGCGAAAAUCGAGUCUGCACUCCAGUCUGUCCGUCCAAGAGCCGAUGGGCAGAGACCUGAAGACAUCAAAACUUUGCUUGAAUGGUAUAUCGACGCCAAUGGUGCCGAGUACGGCCUGAGAAGCUCACAGAGAGCUCUUCACGAUGCGUCCUCCGGUCUUUCAAGUGCAACGCGUGAAGCCAAAUAUUAUCGCUCAUUAUGGGAAACCAUCAAUACCCUCACGGCGGAGAACUCAUCUACUACCGAGUCUGAGGCAUCCCAGAAGAACCCAGAGAUGGAAGAAGUGGACUCAGCAAUUCUGAAAUUAGAGACAGAAGCAGCGGAGCGACGCAAAAAUGCAGAGACACGAUUCCAGAAAGCCUCCGUGGCUAGAGCAGAGUACGAUGGUACGAUCAAGUUCUUCGACCACAAUCGCGAGCUGUGCUACGGAAUCGAAGCACUUUUGGUCGCAUUGCAAAGAAUCCGAUCUUCGCGAAAAAUCCUUGAGUCCAUUGCUCAGUCCAAGAAGCUCUUCGACGCUCACUUCCCCAAGGGCGGAAAACGCUACGUGUGGCUUGAUACCUGCUGUAUCAACAAGGCCGAUAGUUAUGAGUUGACUGAGUCUCUGGCAUUGAUGGGAGACUGGUACACAAAUGCAGAUCUCUGCCUAGUGCAUGUUGAUACACCACGGUCGGAGUCGUCGUGGAUUGAGGAAUGGAAGUAUUGGAAGGAUCCUUCCCACGUUCCUGUUCCUCUCAACAUGGUCGAGUUUGACCAGAUUGGUGCUGAUGGCGCCAAUGAAGAGGAGAAGGCAAAGAAUCAAGUCGAAUGGGCCACGCGUGGAUGGACGUUACAAGAGUUGGUUCUGAGCAAGGUGACCUACUAUGUGAACUCUCACUGGCAGAACCUGGUCAGACCCAUUGAGGUUAUUGGUCCUCUAUACUUCCUGCGGCCUUUUAUCCAGCGUUAUUUGUGUCACCCAUUUGUCAAGAGAUUCAAGACAACAAGUCCCGAGAUCUUGGACACACUCAAAGAGCUGCUUUCUCCUACCUAUCUCAAGGAGGGAAUGACCCCGGAGCAUGAGCUCGCGGUGUUGCUUCAAAUCUUGGGAUUCUCAGUACCAAGAGGUCUGAAAGAGAAGACUGCUGAAGCACAAAUUGGUAAAGCUGUUCUUGCAGCCUCUGGACAGCUUCCUGCUGUAUUAGAAGACCUGAUUACAAAAGAAAGUGUCUCUGAUGCAUCCAGCUUGACAAAACUCAGAGAGAAGGAGAGUCAUCUUAUCGACAAGAUAGCUGUUUUCAAUCAUCUCUUGGGCAGUCUCGUAGGUCUCACAGACAGUACCAUCCUUGAAGAUCGAAAGUUCAUCGCACAAUUCAGCAAGUGUGAGAACAUGAAGAAUUGGAUUGUUGGAGAUGGCCUUCUGGAUUCCUCUGCUAGUACCUCUCUCGUCACAGCAUCUCAACGUGUGACUACCGUCCCCACAGACCAGGCUUACUCUCUGAUGGGUAUUUUGGGUGUGCGCUUCCCUGCUUUCCCUGCCGAGGGACUUCCCAAGGCACUGUCACGACUUCUGGACGAAGUGGUUAUUGCCUACAACGAUGUUUCAGUCUUCAACUGGACUGGAAAGCACCGUGGCAGCCCCCUCCAUGGAAGAUCGCUAUACCCCUCCAACAUUGACGCGUUUGUUGACCCUGCCAACAAUCCAAAGAUCAUGUCACAGGCACAGACCAGCAAGCGAAUUCUUGACUUGUUCCGGGCUCAGCGAGUACGCCAAAGUGAGACGGCUAGCAAUGUGAAUAUGCUACUGGCUGAGAUGUUGGCUCUCACCAAGAAGCUACCAGAACAAUGCUCCGUAUUCGUUAAACUGAGUCUUCUUGCUACAAAAGUUAAGCAGGUCAGCUUUGAUAAGCUGGAGGCUCACAUUGGUGAGUUGAAGGGUAUUGUCUCGGAGCUCAGAGACUUCACACCCAAGGAAGAAGACCCUAUCACCCAGGAUAAUUCACUGGCUGGAAGACUUGGAAGCGGGUUUGACCGAAUGGACUCAUUUUCCAAGUCCGUCAUGGCAACCAAGUUCGAAACUCCAAAAUUUGAAGUGCCCAAGAUGUCCUUUGGAUGGAAGAAGGGCGGCUCAAAAGUAGUUGAGAAAGAACAGCCCAGCGAGCCUGUCACACCCGUCACACCUUCCGUGCCAGAGCCCGCUCCAGCUCCCCCUGUCGAUCAAUAUGAGCAUCUGAACAAUGCUAUCCAGCACGUCAUUGAUGUUCUCAGUGACAAAGUUACUUCUCAACUUAGUGCUGCUAAGGACUUGCCGCUAGAUGUCAAACCCGAGGCCGCCGAUGCUGAGAUCAAGACUCAGAGCUUGGAGGAGCAAGAGGAGAAGAGAAUGGUCUGCCCCAAUCCUAUCGUGGUGAGCAGCGGUGGUAUUCGAGGUAUCUUCGAUAUUCAGCGAAUCAUUGUCACAAUGGUUGAGCCUGAGGUUCUACGCUCUCGGGUCCGAACGGCAGUCCGUGGACAAAUGAUUGACGGCUGGUGCACUAUUAGUACCGGUCUCUCCAUGACACUUGUUGCCUUCUCUUGCGAACGAGAUGUCCUCGCCCAGCAGCUCGAUCUAGCGGAGGUUAUCAAGACCUAUCUCGAGCCUGAAGAUCCCACGACUCCAGAAGGCGAGAAAAAAGAGAACAAGAAAGAUGAGGACAAGAAAAAGGAUGAGGGAUUCUUCGACCAAAUCAAUUUGAAAAAGACACCGGAGCAAGCCAAGCUUGCCCGAAUGAUCUCAUUCGUGCAAAAGCAAACUCUGGAAGGUAUCGCUGGAGAAUGGGUUCUUGCCAGAUUCUCAGGUGUCCCUAAUGCGAAGUGGUUCCUCUGUCUUUUGGAGCUGGGCGCCGGAAAUGAUUUCUAUGGACGUCGUAUCCCCACAGAUGCCUUCAGCUUCGAGGAUGCUGCUCCUGAGCAAGGUCUGACUGAAUACUGGCAUCAAUUUACCAUGGAGAAGAAGGCACGAACUUGCGACACGCUGGAUAUGUAUCUCAACCGACAAAAGAUGUGGCAAGCUGCUGGUGGGCAGCUGGAUCAACUGCAGAAGGUGGAGAAUCCCUCUCAGGGACAGGGCAAGGAGGGCAUCCAAGGUGAUUUGGAGACGACAUGGGAGAUUGUACAAAAUGUCUCAUUGGAUAAGGUGGUUAAUCUGGGCAAGAUGACUGGAUUGGGCAUUGGUGGACUGGGAGCUCAGCUCUGGGCUGAUCAUCUGGAAGGACGCAUCGAAAAGGGUGCACUGAAGCGUGUCCCUGUGUCGCUACGAGCACCUGUGAGAGAUCUUGAUCACAACCGGAAGCUGCUCCCUGCUAUGUUCCACGCUGGUCGCGAGAUGCAUAUGUUCUAA